CACCUACCUACUUACAGUAAGGACUGUAAGGUACUUUACGGUAGUCACUAUGCGAGUUAUUCACUUGGCAUCUGCCUUCACUUCACUCGCAUCAUCGGGUAGUGCCGCACUGUCAUCAUAUACAUUGCUGCGCCCAGACGUCGUCCGUCUCCACCAAUCACUAGUCGAGAUCGAAUCCAUCUCCGGCCAUGAACAAGCCGUGGGAGACUGGCUAUACCACAGCCUGAUCCAGCAAGGCUAUCACGCCGAGAAGCAAUAUGUCUCCAGAGAUCCCGAACGCUUCAAUGUCUACGCUUGGCCGGGAGAGAAUCGAGACCCGCCCGUGAUGUUGACCAGUCACAUCGAUACUGUUCCACCUUUCCUCCCAUAUAAAUAUACCAAAGAUGAAGACCAUCCAGGCAACUCCACCAUCUUCGGCCGCGGCUCCGUAGACGCCAAAGGCAGCGUGGCGACCCAAAUCAUCGCCAUCAACGAACUCAUCGCCUCCUCUGCCAUCUCGCCCGACGACGUCUCCCUCCUCUACGUCGUCGGCGAAGAAAUCGGAGGAGGCGGAAUGCGCGCCGCCAACAACCUCUCCCUCUCACACACCCAAACCAUCAUCUUCGGCGAACCCACCGCCCUCCACCUCGUCUCGGGCCACAAAGGAACCAUGCAAGCCAUCAUCCGCGCCAAAGGCAAAGCAGGCCACAGCGGCUACCCCUGGCUCGGACGAUCCGCCAACGAAGUCCUCGUAUCCAGUCUGGCGGCCAUUAUGCACUUGGGAGACCGACUCCCCACAAGUGCGAAAUACGGUUCGACGACCUUCAAUCUCGGCGUGCUCCAAGGCGGCGUCGCAGCAAAUGUCAUAGCACAAAACGCCACCGCCACCAUCGCCGUGCGCAUCGCCCACGGCACAACUUCCAUGAUCCAACACGCCAUGACCCAAGCCAUCCACGAAGCCGUGCAACCCUUUCUCUCCGGAAAUGGUGAUGAUGAUGAUAACCAUUUAACACCCCAAGAUAUCGUCGAACUCGACUUCACAGGCGCCGGAUAUGGCCCCGUAGACAUUGACCACGAUGUCCCCGGCUUCGACGUCAUCACCGUGAAUUACGGAACCGAUAUUCCUUGGUUGGAGAAAGUUGUUUCGGACCAGAAACGCUACUUGUAUGGUCCGGGGACGAUUUUUGUGGCGCAUGGCGAUCAGGAGGAGUUGAGGGAGAAGGAUCUGUGGGAGGCUGUGGAGGGAUAUCAGAAGAUUGUGUUGUUUGCACUUGGAAAGGAGGGGGAGGGGGAGGGAGAGAGGGAGAGUGGUGAGGAAAAGGAGGAUUUGUGAAUAGAAUAGAAAAGAAUCGGGAUGCAGAGUUACCUUAACGUGAUCUGACCGGAUAAUAUAAAUCAAAAAUCACAGUGUAAGC